AUGAUAAUCCCAUGCUGGGGAGAUUUCUGUGGACGAAUCACGGAGAUUUUCGAGGAGUGCAAGGACAUGACCGACGGAUCAGUCUCCGAUUAUAUUCCUCAAUUGGCAAGACAAGAUCCCGACUUGUGGGGAGUUUCUAUAUGCACCAUUGAUGGCCAACGAGUUUCUCUUGGUGACCAUAAGAGCAAUUUUUGCAUCCAAAGCGUUUCGAAGACAUUCAACUAUUCAAUCGUCGCUUCGGAUUUGGGCCCGGAUGUGGUGCAUUCUUAUGUCGGUCACGAGCCAAGUGGUCGACUGUUCGAUGAAAUUUGCCUUGAUGGAAGCGGAAAACCCCACAACCCGAUGAUCAACUCUGGUGCUAUUAUCGUCACAUCACUGAUAAAGAAGGGUAUGUGCAUGGCAGAUCGAUUCGACUUCGUUCUCCGAGGGUACCGAAAGAUGGCUGGAGGAGAACACAUCGGCUUUGACAACGCCAUAUUCCUCUCCGAAAGAGACGCUGCCGAUCGCAACUAUGCGCUUUCCUAUUACAUGAAGGAGAAUGAAUGCUUCCCAGCGGGAACAAAGAGCCUCCGAGAAGAACUCGAAUUAUAUCUGCAACUCUGUUCGCUGGAGACAAACUGUGAUACUCUGUCAGUCAUGGCUGCAACGCUCGCCAAUGGAGGGACGAAUAUGAAUGUGGCCGACUAUGACGGAAGGACGGCGCUGCACAUAGCUGCAUCAGAAGGACACGAGAAAUUGGUGAAAUUCUUCCUUGGUGUGGCAAGAGCAACCCUGACCUCAAGGAUCGGUAUGGUGGGGCAGAAUCCUUGUGAGGAUGCUCGACUUUUCAACCAACCACAAUGUGUCCAACUUCUUGAAAGUUACUGUCCGAAGAAAAAAUAUUCCCUCAGCUGGUACCUUGAAGAAAGCGAAGAAGAUAACAACACCAGAAACUCUGAUUCAACGAGCAGCUCUCCAGAAAGCGUCUCCUGCUACUUGCCCGACCUCGAAACAAAGACAAAUAAUGAAGAUUCGAAAGAAAAACAUCGAAGGAAAGCGUCCACUCAACGCACUUCGCUCGACGUCGAUGGUAGAAAGCCACUACUUCAGUGA